GAGAACGAGUGUCCAGCAGAUCUAACGGAGGACAAACAUCAGUGAGAUCAUGAGCAGGAUCACCUUCUACGAGGACAGGAACUUUGGGGGUCGCUCCUAUGAGUGCAGCAGCGACUGCGGUGACCUCAGUUCCUACUUGAGCCACUGUUACUCCUGCAGAGUGCAUAGCGGCUGCUUCAUGCUCUAUGACCGUUCUAACUACAUGGGGAACCAGUACUUUGUGAAGAGGGGCGAGUACCCCGACUGCAUGAGCAUGGGCAUGAGUGACUGGUUCAGAUCCUGCCGCAUGAUCCCCAUGUACAGAGGAUCGUACAGGAUGAGGAUCUAUGACAGGGAGAACUUUGGCGGUCAGAUGAUGGAGAUGAUGGAUGACUGUGACUCCUUCAUGGAUCGUUACCGCUGGUCCAACUGCAUGUCCUGCCACGUGAUGGACGGCCACUGGCUCAUGUAUGAGCAGCCCCACUACAGGGGCAGGAUGAGCCUCCAUGUCAACAAGCCACCACCGCUUGGAGCUUCUUAAGACCUACAUCCCAUCUCAGCCUCCACGUGAACAAGCCACCACCACUUGGAGCUUCUUAAGACCUACAUCCCAUCUCAGCCUCCACCUCAACAAGCCACCACUGCUUGGAGCUUCUUAAGACCUACAUUCCAUCUCAGCCUCCACGUCAACAAGCCACCACCUCUUGGAGAUUCUUCUGCCUUGUGAGAAGUGUCUCUCCAGAUGAUUCUCACGUGUGGACCACAUCCAGUCAUCGAAUUCCUUGUCCACCGCAAGACCUAUAUUUUCCUAGAAUUCCACUACCAAUCUGAUGUUUCUCUGUGUUCUCUGAUUGUUAUUAAUGUGGCACUUCUAGCCAUUGAAUUGUCUUUUUAGAUUCUUGCUUUUGCGACAAGUGGAGGAGGCGGGGUCAGAAGAAUAGAUGACCCCAUUUAACUAUGGCACCCUGGGAACUCCCACCCGAGGACCUACCCACCAUUAGCUUAACCUGCCAGGGCAUCAGUUCAGUUACCAAGAGAAAGGCAGACUUGUGUCUCCAAGUACCAAAAUACAAUUUAUUAACACAAUAUGGUGGUCUAAAUACAGCCAACAAUUAUACAAAUAUAAAAGACAAUUAGCCCUGCAAACAUUUCCCCCAGGUACCAGUAACAUUAACCUUAUCUUGUAUCCCAGACCACAAAUUCCUAAAGCAUUUAAGGUCAGCGGUAUACCUUAGCUAAUCUUACCAAGAGCCUAUGGAGACCUUGCCUGUCUGGGUUACUCUGGAGGAAGCAGAUGUCAUUAACCUUUCUAGCACUAAUCUGAGGUAGUUAAUGAGGUUUUCACCUACAUGUGCUACUAUGAUUCCAAGCAUUUAACUGCAAUGAUUACUGCCUUUCCUCUGCCAAGUCAAAAGACACAAUGGUUUGGUUUGUAAAACCUGUAGUAUUUGCAGUCUUAGUCUUGAUUUGGCAAAAGCAGCCUAGAAGUACAGCAAAUGAAAGAGGUUUUCAUCUCAUUUGUACACUUCAUUUUUUUAAAUGUGUCUACAGUAUUAUUAAAACCUUAACAGAACUGGUUUUUUCUAAAUCCGUAUUUCCUUUACCUACAGGCAAAAGAGUAUUGUACUGUGUUCUUCAAACUAUUUUUAUUGGUUUCGUUAUGAUUUACAAAUGUGCGUGGGAAAUUACUAUGAAUGACACUACAAACAAAACAGUCAAUCAUAUUUGUUAGUUUCACAAACUGAUGAAACACAAUUGGACUGCAGUUAGCAUGUUUGCAUUUUAUAAAAUAGAAUGCCAAAAUACUACUUUCAGAAUCUUGUUUGUGUUCACUGUACAUUUUUAAAUUUGUGUAGACCAUGUUUACUUAUUUUCACUGUGUGUCUUACAUCAUGCUAUGUUGUUCAAUGU